GUGGCGAAAAUAAAAACUGAGGAGAAAUGUGCGGCUUCUCGUCGAGUCUGUCGACUAAAUGCGUAUAUUUCGUGUUUUCUAUGUAGUUAGAGUCCAUAUUUGAGGCCAAAUGCGUGUUUGUGGAGCUGCAGGGCGGCUGUUAAGUUUCCAGUGACUACUGUUGACAUAAGAAGACGGCGCAAAUCCGAGUCACAAGACUCCUCUCGCUGAGCUCCGCGGCUUAUGUCCUCUCACACAGGGUCCGAAGGGAUGGACAACCCGGGGUACCGCACCGGGAGCUUCGACGGUCUCCACAACGCCUGCGACGACGACGAUGACGACGAGAUGGUGGACAUCGCAGGAGCCACCCUGGACUUCUCCACCGCGGAUGAUGACCCCCCUCUCAGCUCAGGAGGUUAUGAGAAGUACAGCGGCAGCAGCCGAGCAGCCGGGAUGAACGGGAGCGCUCCCACCAGGCUGGUGGACCCGCUGGAGGACCCCCUGCCGGGAGUGGGCACCUACGAGGACUUCAACACCAUCGACUGGGUCCGGGAGAAGAGCAAGGACCGGGACCGGCACAGGGAGAUCGCCAACAAGAGCAGACAGUCGACCUGGGCUCUGCUGCGGAGCAUCAGCGACGCCUUCUCCGGGUGGCUGCUCAUGCUGCUGGUGGGGCUCAAAACAGGCGCCAUCGCCGGCGGCAUCGACAUCGCGGCCCACUGGCUGACGGACAUGAAGGAGGGCGUGUGUCUGAUCGGCUUCUGGUUCAACCACGAGCACUGCUGCUGGACGUCCAACGAGACCACGUUCCAGGAGCGGGACCGCUGCCCGCAGUGGCAGAGCUGGGCCGAGCUCAUCACGGGAACCUCCGAGGGGGCGUUCGCUUACAUCGUCAACUACCUGAUGUACUUGUUCUGGGCGCUGCUCUUUGCUUUCCUGGCGGUCUCGCUGGUCCGGGCCUUCGCCCCGUACGCAUGCGGCUCAGGAAUACCAGAAAUCAAAACCAUCCUCAGCGGGUUCAUCAUCCGCGGCUACCUGGGGAAGUGGACGCUGAUCAUCAAGACCAUCACGCUGGUGCUGGCCGUCUCCUCCGGCCUCAGCCUGGGGAAGGAGGGCCCCCUGGUGCACGUGGCGUGCUGCUGCGCCAACAUCCUCUGCCACCGGUUCGCAAAGUACCGCAAGAACGAGGCCAAGCGGCGAGAGGUUUUAUCAGCAGCGGCGGCCGUGGGGGUGUCGGUGGCGUUCGGCGCUCCCAUCGGAGGAGUCCUGUUCAGUCUGGAGGAGGUGAGCUACUACUUCCCCCUGAAGACCCUCUGGCGCUCCUUCUUCGCCGCGCUGGUGGCGGCCUUCACCCUGCGCUCCAUCAACCCGUUCGGGAACAGCCGCCUGGUGCUGUUCUACGUGGAGUUCCACGCCCCCUGGCACCUGGUGGAGCUGGGCCCCUUCAUCCUGCUGGGGAUAUUCGGAGGCCUCUGGGGGGCGAUGUUCAUCAAGGCCAACAUCUACUGGUGCAAGAUCCGUAAAUCCACGUGUCUGGGCCGCUACCCGGUCACGGAGGUGCUGGUGGUCACCGCGCUGACCGGCCUGCUGGCCUACCCCAACAGCUACACCAGGAUGAGCGGGCCCGAGCUCAUCUCCGAGCUCUUCAACGACUGCUCGCUGCUGGACUCGUCGCAGCUGUGCGGCUACAGCCCGGUGACCAACACGACCGAAGCAGGCGUGGGGAACACGCUGGGCGACCGGCCGGCCGGGCCGGGCCUGUACACGGCCCUGUGGCAGCUGGCGCUCGCUUUGGUCUUCAAGAUGCUCAUCACCGUCAUCACCUUCGGCAUGAAGGUUCCCUCCGGCCUCUUCAUCCCCAGCAUGGCGGUGGGCGCCAUCGCCGGCAGGCUGCUGGGCGUGGGCAUGGAGCAGCUGGCCUACUACCACCACGACUGGGUGAUCUUCAAGGGCUGGUGCUCGCCGGGUGCCGACUGCAUCACGCCGGGGCUGUACGCCAUGGUCGGAGCGGCCGCCUGCCUAGGUGGAGUGACUCGCAUGACGGUGUCGCUGGUCGUCAUCAUGUUCGAGCUGACCGGCGGUCUGGAGUACAUCGUCCCCCUCAUGGCCGCAACCAUGACCAGCAAAUGGGUGGCAGAUGCCUUCGGACGAGAGGGGAUUUACGAGGCUCACAUCCGGCUGAACGGGUACCCCUUCCUGGAGCCGAAGGAGGAGUUCGAGCACAACAGCCUGGCGGUGGACGUGAUGCGGCCGCGCAGGGCCGACCCCAGCCUGGCCGUGCUCACACAGGACGGCAUGACUGUCGGGGAGGUGGAGGCGCUGGUGGAGAGCACUGACUACAGCGGCUUCCCCGUGGUCGUCUCUGCCGAGUCCCAGAGGCUCGUGGGCUUCGUGCUCAGGAGGGAUCUGCUCAUAUCUAUAGAUAACGCCCGGAAGCGGCAGGAGGGCGUGGUGAGCGCGUCCCAGGUGGUGUUCACCGACCACGCCCCGUCCCUGCCCGCCGACGCCCCGCCCCCGCUGCGCCUGCGGGGCAUCGUGGACCUCAGCCCCUUCACGGUCACCGACCACACGCCCAUGGACAUCACCGUGGACAUCUUCAGGAAGCUGGGCCUCCGCCAGUGUCUGGUCACGCACAACGGGAGGCUGCUGGGAAUCAUCACCAAGAAGGACAUCCUCAAGCACAUGGCGCAGAUCGCCAACAGAGACCCCGACUCCAUCCUCUUCAACUGAGGCGCUCUCUCUCUCUCCCGCCUGGCCGCCCUCCGCCUCCCGCCUCCGCCUCCGCCUCCGCCCGUGACCACGGCGAGACGCACCGCCGCCUCUUCAGCUUCAGUGAAAGCCAAGAACGCCGGGCACUGUUCGCACGAGCGAAUCGAGAACAAUGGAGGGUUGUUUUUUUUUGUUUGUUUGUUUGUUUGUUUGUUUUUUCACUCCUCGACUGGAGGAGGAGGGGAUAAAGACACCGGGGGAGACGAAGAGGGGUUUGGAGAGCUGGUUGCCCUCCGGCCGGCACAGCCAGUCCAGACAGAGCCGGGCUGAGGCUGAUGGAUGCUCCGACACCUCCUCCCCCCUCCCUCCCUCCUGUAGCUCCGGGCAUGAAGGAUACCAGAGUGUGAGAAGAGGAUCUCGAACACACACACACACUCCUUCACACUCCAUGAAGACUCCCGGUGACAGCCUGGGAGCUCUCCACAAACGACUCUGAGAGCUCCGCCGCGCCGCCGUACAGACUGGCAACACGGCGCCGGCGCUCCCUCCAGAAGCCACGCCUCGCCUUACGGAGGAGUGAACGUCGAAGGGCUUCCAGACGCAGAAACAUACGAAUCAUUACAUGCGAUUUAUGUACAUGUGAAAUUUGUUUGUCCCACUAAAUUAUUUCACUGAAUCCAGUGUUUGUUUCUCUUUUUUUUUUUUUUUU